GCAUAACCAGACCAAAAAAAAAAAACAUUUCAAAACAAAACUGAGAGAGAGUAUCCAUAUUUGGAGGAAAAAGAAAAGAAUGCAGCAGCCCUAUGUGUACCGUUACCCACAAGGAACUGGCCCUUCGGCUCCUCCGCCGCCUCCAAAAGCCAGAGUGAUAGUAGAUCCAAAGUACUGCUCUCCGCACCCUGUAGAUUUGGCGAUCGUACGGAAGGUGUUGAAGAUAACGGAUGGUAACUUCGUGAUAACGAAUGCGGACGGAAACUUGUUGUUCAAGGUGAAGGAUCCUUUGUUUAGUCUUCACGAGAAGAGGAUCUUGUUGGAUGGUUUUGGAACUAAGGUCUUGACUUUGAAAGGGAAGAUAAUGACCAUGCAUGACAGGUGGCUAGUGUUUAGAGGAGGGAGUACGGAGGAGGGUGAUCUGCUAUACACGGUGAAAAGAUCAAACAUGGUUCAGAUAACGACCAAACUUGAUGUGUUUUUGGCUGACAACAAAGAGGAGAAGAAAUGUGAUUACAGACUCGAAGGGGUUUGGCUCGAGAGUUCUUGUUUUGUCUACGCAGGCGAUUCUGACAUCAUUCUUGCCCAAGUAAACAAAUUCUAUUUCCUUCCUUUUAGCUUUAAUAAGUCCUAUGCGUCUCACUUUGGUUUUAGAAGACGGUAUUUUACGUAAAUGGAUAGGUUUAUAUAUAUCAUAUAUUUUCUAAUAUAUCGAAUUAAGUUUU